AUGGAGCACAGACAAAUGCAUUUGAAGAUCUUCGGUGCUUCCCUUUUUUGGCAGGUGGAUUACAACCACAAUCACUCUAUUCUUCAGCUGCAGUUUACAUUAUUUUCUCUAUUACAACAAUUCUUGGGAAUUCUCUUAUCCUUGUUGCCCUUCACAAAGAAUCUUCCCUUCACCCGCCGUCCAACACGCCGUCUGGCAACAACUGACCUGUUGGUUGGUAUUUUUAGCCAGCCUAUGAUGGCUACUUAUUUCAUGUCCUUGGCUAACGAUAACUGGGGUCUUUGUCGAUACGCAAGCCACGCCGCCUUCACAACAAGCUACACAUUUUGCGGAGUUUCUUUAUUGACGAUGACGGCCAUAAGCGUGGACAGGCUUGUAGCCUUAUUGUUGGGACUGAGAUACAGACAAACUGUAACUUUGAAACGCACAUAUAUUAUGGUAGCUGCCUUUUGGGUUUUAUCAAGUUUAAUCUGUUUGUUCUGUAUUUUAAAUUACCGUAUAGCCUUAUGGCUUGGUCGUAUAGGCAUAUCACUAUUUCUGCUAAUCUCAAUCACCUCGUACACAAAGAUUUUUCGUACUCUCAGUCAUCAUCAGGCUGAAGUACAACAUCAUGUCCAACAACAGCUGAGCCAACCAAAUGCAUUGAACAUGGUGAAAUACAGAAAAGCGAUGUACAGUGCACUGUGGGUGCAGUUUGCAUUAGUUGUUUGUUAUAUACCAUAUUUUAUAAUAGAAACUUUGAUCAGCCAAAGCAACACAGAUUCAUUGCACUCAGUCGUCUUCUGGCGGUUGACGAUAGGCUUAGUUUAA